AUGUCGUCAAAAGCGUAUGUUGUGCCCGUUGACCCCAGGAAUCCUGCAGGAAAUGCUGCUCCAGGUGUCAACCCAGCAUCCUUGUGGUCUUCACUUCCUCGGGCGCAGAAACCUGCCAAGGUUGGCACGUCCCACCUCUUUUAUGGGACUCCCGCGUUCGAUGUAACUGCACUUGUGUCACUUGGUGAGGGGUUUGACUCCAAAACUGGGGAUGUAAGACGAGAAAUCGUUCGCAAGGCCGUUGGCAGUGGCAUAAAGAGUGUCAAGGAACUUGGUGAUGGUGUUUCUGAGGCUGUUAUCGAUGCAUCAACGGACCCUCACGCUGCUGCUGUCGCUGCUCACUUGGCGCUAUACAACUUCUCGCUCAAAACUUCACCUCCAUCGGCGUUCGACCCACGGAGCGCGGCUGGCGUGCCGAAGAAGCUUGAAAUCUCCACAAAUGCCAACUCUGCUGACUGGGAUCGUGGUGUUGUCUAUGCGAAUGCGCAGAACCUUGCUCGAACGUUAAUGGAAUUGCCCGCGAAUAUGAUGACACCUACUGCAUUCUGCGAGCGCGUUCAAACAGAGUUUAGCGGUAUCCCUAAUGUGGAGAUCAUUGUUCGAGAUGAAGCUUGGGCGGCUGAAAAGGGCAUGCGCACUUUCCUCUCAGUAACUCAAGGGACUGAUCAACCGGCGAAGUUCCUCGAAAUUCACUAUAAGGGCGCCCCUUCAAAAGAUGCACAGCCUCUUGCUUUCGUGGGCAAGGGCAUCACUUUUGACAGCGGAGGAAUCAGCUUGAAAUCUUCAGCAGACAUGAAGCUGAUGCGCGGCGACAUGGGUGGGGCGGCUACGGUCGUAUCAUCUCUACUGGCCAUCGCCCAGCUCCAACUCCCAAUCAACAUUGUCGCGGUCACACCACUUUGUGAGAACUUGCCCGGCCCCAAAGCCACCAAGCCAGGUGAUGUAAUCUACGCUAUGAAUGGCAAAUCCGUCGAGGUCGACAAUACGGAUGCUGAAGGUCGUCUUGUUCUAGCUGAUGCGUUGUACUACGCAUCAACCGAGUUCAAGCCGCACACAGUCAUCGACGUUGCCACUCUCACCGGGGCUAUGGAAGUCGCGCUGGGUGAGAUCUACACCGGUGUUUUCACAACCUCUGAUGUUCUUUGGGACCGACUGAGUGUUGCCGGAGAGAGCGAGUACGAUCGCUUCUGGCGCAUGCCCCUUGACGAGGAUUAUGGGCCACAGAUCUACUCAUCUAACGCUGACUUGUGCAAUACUGGCGGGAAACCAGCAGGUUCAUGCACCGCUGCACUAUUCCUUAAAGCGUUUGUAGAUGGCAUCGAGUCCAAGGAUGGACAGGAACCCUCUGUCCGAUGGGCUCACCUUGAUAUUGCUGGGACUAUGGAGUUCACGCGCCCAACACCAUACCAAGAGAAAGGAAUGACUGGACGUCCCGUUCGUGCACUGGUAGAAUUUGUCAGACGUCUGUCAAGCCAAUAA